CACAACCAAAAUGCUCUGUCUUUUCAAUUGAAGUUUCCAUUUUUACCACACCCAACGCAACGCGCCUUUGAACUCCAAGAAGAAAAGUCUAAAAUGUCCAAAUUCUAGGGCAAUUUCCAUUUUCCGAUUCUAAAGUUCAUAAAAUACAAUUUCAGAUUUUUCCCAGUUUUCUGAUCGUCAUCGAACGCCUACUCUUUCUCUGGCCUUCAGUUCCCUCGUCUUAUUCUCAUCCCCUCUGAUUUCACCAUUUUCCGAUUGCUUUCCUUUGAAAUCAUUAUCCAGAUCAAUUUUCUUCCACAAAACCCGUGCGGGUUUUUUCCUCCACAAUUUCUUCAUGCCGUCAUCCCUCCACCGGCUACUCAAUUGACUCGAGGCUCCAAUUCGGGGGUUCUUGAGGGCUAACUUGUGAUACGUAGAACACUUCAAAAAUCUGUACUUGGACCUUCAAAUGGGACUUUGCUUUAGUAAGGCCGAAACCAAAGAUGAUGACUCUGAUCAUCAUGUUGAGUUUGCAGCUGGAAAGGUCCAUCUAAUCACAACCAAAGAAGCUUGGGACCAAAAGUUGGAAGAAGCUAAUACUAGCGGAAAAAUUGUGAUAGCAAACUUCAGUGCAACAUGGUGUGGUCCUUGCAAGGUGGUUGCUCCAUUCUACAGUGAAUUGUCAGAGAAAUACGAGUCUUUGAUGUUCUUGGUAGUUGAUGUUGAUGAAUUAACCGACUUCAGCACUUCUUGGGAUAUCAAAGCUACACCUACCUUUUUCUUCCUCAAAGAAGGACAGCAAAUCGACAAGCUUGUCGGAGCGAAUAAAAUUGAACUAGAGAAGAAAAUUACUGCAGUGGCAGAUUCUCUCCCCCCUAAUCGGAUAUGACUUCGGGUAAAUACCAUUUUAAAGUCCUUGAGUGCCUUCCCUGUAUAAUGAAUGUAUGAUGUUGUUUCUUUGUAUAAUGCCUCUCUCUUUCAAGUGUAGACUAUUAGUGAUAUUUAUUUUACAAUUAUUGUGACUUCUUAGAAUCUUUUAAGUGCAAGAAAAAGAAAAUUGAAUGAAGUAUGUGGGUUUUUACCACAACGUGUUAUAGGUUGUUA